CAUUGCAUUUUUGUGUUUCUCAUCGCUUCGGUGUAGUAAUUUCUGCUGUUUCAUCCGGCAAGUGAUCGUGGUUUCCCGUUUCUAGUAGUGCUCCGAAUCAAGCUUAUUGCAUUCUUCAAAAAUGAGUUCGAUCGGAACCGGUUACGAUCUGUCCGCAUCACAGUUUUCCCCAGAUGGUCGCGUAUUCCAAAUCGAGUACGCCGGUAAGGCCGUCGAAAACAGUGGCACCGUUAUCGGACUGCGCGGUAAGGAUGGUAUUGUUUUGGCCGUGGAAAAGCUCAUUACCAGCAAACUGUACGAGCCCGAUUGCGGUACACGCAUAUUCACCAUCGACACUUCCAUCGGAAUGGCUAUAAGCGGAAUGAUCACCGAUGGUAGAGCAGUUGUGGACAUUGCCCGGCAAGAAGCCGCCAGUUAUCGGCAGCAGAACAAUCGUCCCAUUCCGUUGAAGCAGUUGAAUGAUCGCUUGUCCAGCUAUUUCCACGCGUACACACUGUACAGUGCGGUUCGUCCGUUUGGUGUGAGCGUGAUCCUUGCCUCUUGGUCGGAAGAGAAGGGUCCAGAGAUGUACAUGAUCGAUCCUUCCGGAGUGUCUUGCGGGUACUUUGGUUGCGCCGUUGGUAAAGCGAAGCAGACCGCGAAAACGGAAAUCGAAAAGCUGAAGCUUUCCGAGAUGAGCGUCAAGGAUCUGGUUCUUACGGCCGGAAAAAUUAUCUACCAAGUGCAUGAUGAACUGAAGGACAAAGACUUCAAGCUCGAGCUCAGUUGGGUUUGCCAGGACUCGAAGGGUGUUCACAAAACCGUCCCGGCCGAGGUGUACGCUGCCGCCAACCGUGCCGGCCAGGAGGCCGUCGAUGAGGACGAUAGUGAUAACGAAAUCUAAAUUAAGGUAGUGUUGCAUACGUCUAUGGUUCGGAUUCCGGUCCCCCAGAUUUGGUGGUAUAAACUGGUCUUUGUAAAGAAGUAAAAACACAUGGUGGGUUACAUUUUUUCUCCUUCUAUUUAGAUCUAUUGCUAAGUUUCCAUACAAAUACACACCGAUACCA